AUGCAGGACUCUAUGAAACGUAUGAAAAGUCUUUCAUUUGCCAUGAAUGAGGAAUUUUCCGGAUGGAGAGAAUAUUCGUUACCAAUUUUAUACCCAAACUUGGAGAGCGAUAAAGAGAACAAGCAACGUAUUAUCGAAAGUAAAUGGGGACGAGGUACUGCGCUUGACAUCGGACUUUGGGAGGAUAGCAUUGCUCCUGUAGUCAAAGUUAGAAGCAGAGUUGACAUUGACCUCGGUGUGAGCGAAGUUACCGAUGUAUUGACCGAUGAAAUGGUUGGAGCAUGCUCAUCUUUUUUAGCAAAAUCACCAGAGACUGAACUUUAUGUUGAGAAUAAGUGCGAGCUUGUGAACAUGGGCCUGAGAGAUAUCUUCAUUUUGCAAUAUCGUCAUUACUUGCAGUACAUUGACUUGGAAAAUAAUAGUAUUGGUGACUUGACGCCACUCGGAGGAAUUCCAUAUCUGAUGUACUUGAAUGCAGCCCGUAACAAGCUCAGAGACGUUCUGAGAUUCAAACCUCCGUGGUGCUUGACAUAUGUAAAUUUGGCGUAUAAUAAUAUUUCGAAGAUCGAUGAUUUGUCUGAGUUUUGGAGUAUUGUCAGACUCGAUUUAUCGCACAAUGUGAUUGAACGUAUUGAAGGACUGGUAAAUUUGAGACACUUGAGGUUUUUGAAUCUUGGAUACAAUAUAAUUGAAUCCGUUGAAAACUUGGAUAACUUGGACAUCCAGGAGUUGAAUUUGGAAUACAAUUGCAUAUCGAAUGUCAGAUCUGCCACAUCUGCUUUCGGUAUAAGUACAUUGCCAAAUCUUCGCACGUUGAUUUUAAGGCACAACAAAUUGACCACAUUGGAGUUUUUUGAGGGUGCUUACGGCUUACGCUACAUCGAUUUAAAGUACAAUAAAAUUUCGGAUUUACUGGAGGUGUCUCAUCUAAAAAGUUUAGUUCACGAGAUUGAUUUCCGUGGAAAUCCCUGUACCAACUGGCCAAACUAUCGAGAUGUAUUACUAUUCUCAAUGCCAAGCGUUAUGUUUGUCGACGGUGCCAGCGUUACCAUCUCUGAAAAGGUGUCUGCCAGCACAAUAUUUGCACCACCGAUAGAACUGGUGGUGGCUUCCAGUGUAACGAAGCUAAUGCUUCUGGAACAUUUAAAUACCAUUGACAUUGACCUCCACAUUACACCGAUUGAUCAAAGUACUCCACCAUUAAUAAUACUAACCGGCCCUCCAGCAGUGAAGAAGUCGAUACUAGCCAAAAAGAUCGCUAAUGAUUUGCCUAAACGGGUCAGAUACUGCCUUAGUCACACAACAAAGCACCAGCCGUGUGACGACCCUCUCGGAUCGACUUACCAUUUCGUUAGUAGAGAAGAAUUCAAUGAAAUAACAAGACGAGGGGAAUUUUUAUCGACCAGAGAGUGGCUAGGAAAUAGUUACGGAUUCCAUGUGAGUGAGAUCAAAGCACUUGCUUUGGACAAGAAAAUCGGUAUCACUCACAUGGAUCUGCAUGCAGCAUUACAGAUGCAAAGUCGAUACGUGAAUGCGAAGUUAAUUUUGGUAUUGACCAAAAGUGAGGAACUCCAUCGACUAUGGAUCCAAGAAAAGAUACAGAUCUUUACAUGGGUGAAGAGCAGUCUGCAAAAUCUUGUAACUUUUAAACUUGAAAAAUACCGUCGACCUACAAUUGAAAUGAAAGAAUCUACGAGUCCCAAAGUGAACUUUAUCUAUGAAUUACUAAACGAGGUGUUGGAAACUUUGGACUCAUCUCCUUUUAGCACUACGAUGGGAUCGGAGGUGACGGAAGAAAUGGAUACUGUAAUGGUCAUGGAAAGCCAAACCACUCUCCCUGAAAUCAUAAAAACUUCCAGUGACAUUGAAAUGGAAAAGAAACAUAUCACUUUUCAGGGAGAGGAUGAGCAAUCCACUACUGCACCUUCCUCGAAUGUGACUUUUAAUUCUGAUAAGCUGACUGUACCAAUGCCCGAUGAAUUGAAGGUCAUACUAGACGAACAUUCGAACGUUAUUAUCGAAAAUGAAGAGGACAAGAGAAGAAGACUGAAAGAAAAAAUUCGUUUGCAACACGAUUUGUUACGUCUUCAAAUGGACAAUGAUGAAUUUGUAGAAGGCGAGAAUUUGGAGGAUUACUCUGCGUCCAGCGAUGAUCUGUUUGUUUCAAAACGAGUUAGUAGUCAAGUAAUACGUAACAUGCAAGUUUUACAAGUCCUGUUGUAAACUUUUCACACCUUCUACGCUGAUCUGAAAUAAAGUAGAAAAGCACGACAGCAGAUCAAAUAGACAAAUAAAUAUACACCUAGAACAUAUUUCACUUGUAAUUGUGAUUCACAGUGCUUACCUGGCAUGGAUUCUCCAAAACUUUUGGAAAAACUUCACAGUAAACUUGUAACUAAGUCUAGGGAACAGUACUUCGAACAGCAUCUAAAUAGCGUUGGCUGUA